CAUUCGCGUCUCGCUUCGAUGUCGGAUUUUUCAUACGCGUUUAUCCAUAGAUUUAGUGAUAUUUAAACAAACACAAAUCGUGGAACUAUAUUUCCCGCCCGCAUUGUGAUAAAAGUACAAGGAAGCGGCGUUAAUUGAGAUUGCAUUGUGUAUUAAUAAAAAAUAUAAAAGUGAAAUCUCUCCUUAAAGAGCGCGAGGUGCGGCAAUUUAGCGGCCGAACAGUUUCAAUUGUGUUAGUGCGUUUUUUUUUGCGUCUGCUGCUUUGCUACCAGUGACCGUUGUCUGCAGCUUGUCGGUCGCCGUACUCGUACUUUAGCACUUUGGGGCGGUGAACGAAAAAUCGAUUGUGGCGCUGACUGUUGGCUUUUUAGUUUGUUAGCCCAACUGCUACUAUUGUCCGUCUGUAAGUGCAUCUGCCUCUCGAGCAGGCCUCUUCUAGCGGUUUCCGUGUCUAUUUUUCAAUCAUUACGAAAGGUGUGUAAACUUGUGACAAUAAAAAACGAGACAAAGUGAAAAAAAUAAUAUGUAACAUGCUGUAGUUCUAAAAAAUAAAACUUACUUAUCGCCGUUGUUGAGUUCAAAUGCGGAAAGCGUUUUUUUUUUUAUCUUUCACUCCCAAAAAAACGUCAUAGCUGUCAAGAUACUGGACCUUCUUAUAUUUGAUAAGUAUAAACAGUAACUCCAAACACGUCCGUCAUAUUUAAAACCGUCGGGCUAUCGGGAAUCAGCGAUUCGUAGCGCGUAUGAGAAAAGUUAAAAAUCAUCAUAUUGUAUAUUGAACAACCGCAAUUUGUAAAGGCAAAUGUUGUUUUCUCAAAAAACAAACUAAAAGAACUGUCAACGAUGUCAAGCUCAUGAACACACAAACAACGGUUUGCAACGUUUUACGUAGAAAUCAAAACAAAUUAUUGUCCAAACAUUUCAGCGCACACAACGUACCGGCAUCUCGGCGAGACCAUUAAAACAAACACAACCAUGAAAUUCUAGCAAAAAAUUAAUUUGAAAAGUGCACAAAAUUGAUUUGUGCAUUGCGAUCAAAUAGCAAUCAAAAUCACAGAAAAAAUCAACAAAUGUAAAAUUAUAAUAUUUCGAUAAAACAAAAACACCGAAUGUGUCAGCUCUAGCGAUAAGAGACAUUUGUAAGGCGAAGAUUCAACGUAGCCUGGGCUAGAGUUUGCACACGCAGCGCGAAUGUGACGUGAUUUCUUCGUUUGGACAGCAAACAAAAAUUAUCAUCAGGCACAAAUCUAAAUAAAUCUGAGAGACGACAUUUUUUGUUUAAGAAAAAGGAACAUACAAAUUAAAUAUAACUGAAAAAGUCAACAGCACUAACGCACGUAAGCCUAUUAAGCACGUAACGAUCGCACCAAAACCAAAAUUAGCAACUAAGAGUAAAAGUAAACAAAAAUCGAACUCAAAAAUAUAUAUAAAUAUAAAAAUACAACGCCAGAAUAUCUUAACUGCAAGCACUUGAAACUUAAGCGAAAUUAACUUAAAUCUCUAACUCAAUUUACAAGCAAACAAACUUAUAAAUAAGUAAGCCACACAGAGCAAGUGAACAAACUGCAAACAAGCAUUUCUGCGCACAACAAAGUGCGCGCCUUCAUACACACAAACUCACACACACACACACAUCCGUCUCAGAAAAGCCGCAAUAAUAUAAAAGAAAAAAUUAAAAAAAAAUAUUUAUUAGUAAAUAUUUGAACAAACUCGUAGCGCAUCCGCAACAACAAUAACAACCACUGUAGCAGUAAUAACAAUAGCAAGAACAGCAACAGCGCAGCAGCAACAUUAUGAACUCGAGCACAAAGCACCUGUUGCACUGCACACUCCUUAUCACUGUGAUAAUAACAUUUGAAGUAUUCUCCGGUGGUAUUAAAAUCGAUGAGAACUCAUUUACACUUGUCGAUCCAUGGACUGAGUACGGCCAAGUAGCCACUAUACUAUUGUACUUACUACGUUUUCUAACUUUCCUAACGCUGCCGCAAGUCUUAUUCAAUUUUUGCGGUCUCGUCUUCUACAAUGCCUUCCCCGAGAAGGUGGUGCUAAAGGGCAGCCCCAUAUUGGCGCCAUUCAUAUGCAUACGUGUGGUGACACGCGGCGAUUUCGCCGAUUUGGUCAAAACGAAUGUGUUGCGUAACAUGAAUACCUGCCUGGAUACGGGUCUGGAGAAUUUCCUAAUCGAGGUGGUCACCGAUAAGCCCGUCAAUUUGGCACAACAUCGUCGCAUACGUGAAAUAGUAGUGCCAAAGGAGUACAAAACACGCACGGGCGCGUUGUUUAAGUCACGUGCUUUGCAAUAUUGUCUGGAGAAUGAUGUGAACGUGUUGAACGACAGCGAUUGGGUUGUGCAUUUGGAUGAGGAGACUUUGUUAACGGAAAAUUCGGUGCGUGGCAUUAUCAAUUUCGUUUUAGAUGGCAAACAUCCAUUCGGUCAGGGUCUCAUUACCUAUGCCAAUGAGAAUGUGGUCAAUUGGUUGACCACGUUGGCGGAUAGCUUCCGCGUCUCGGACGAUAUGGGCAAGUUACGCCUGCAAUUCAAAUUGUUUCACAAGCCAUUGUUCAGCUGGAAGGGUAGCUAUGUUGUUACGCAGGUUGGCGCCGAACGACAAGUGUCCUUCGACAACGGCAUCGACGGCUCCGUGGCCGAGGAUUGUUUCUUUGCAAUGCGCGCCUUUUCCCAAGGCUACAGCUUCAACUUCAUCGAAGGUGAAAUGUACGAGAAGUCACCAUUCACACUGCUCGAUUUCCUGCAACAACGCAAACGCUGGCUCCAAGGCAUACUACUGGUGGUACAUUCGAAAAUUAUACCGUUAAAGCAUAAACUCUUGCUCGGCAUCAGCGUCUACUCCUGGGUCACUAUGCCCUUGUCCACAUCGAAUAUCAUUUUUGCCGGCCUCUAUCCAAUACCAUGCCCGAAUUUAGUCGACUUCAUUUGUGCUUUCAUUGCCGCCGUCAACAUUUAUAUGUACGUCUUCGGUGUGAUAAAGUCGUUUUCACUGUAUCGUUUUGGCUUGAUGAAAUUUAUGGCCUGUGUGCUGGGCGCCGUUUGCACCAUACCCGUGAAUGUGAUUAUUGAAAAUAUAGCUGUCAUUUGGGGUCUAUUCGGCAAGAAGCAUAAAUUCUAUGUGGUACAAAAGGAUGUGCGCGCAAUGGAAACUGUGUGAGCGGCUGGUCACAUACGUAUAUGUUUGUGGAAAAAUUUUUUGGCUCCGGCUGUAACAGCAGCCAUGUAAGCAUUAUGAAUGUGCUCUACAGGGCUUACACCCUGAAACUCAACUACCAAAAACCCAGCAAAAACAAAUAAA